UAAUCUAGUGGACGGAACGCUUUUUUCAACAUCAGCAACAGUUAGUCAGACACCUCGGUAGCUAGCUAGACAAAAUAGCCGAACCAAUAAAGCUCUUUAGAUGCUUUCGUGAAUAUUAACAACUGUGUUUUAAACCCUCUUCUGUUGUCUAGUUAGUUAUCCGAUUUAAUUUCAUAUUUACGGUGUUGUUAUUAGUCAGCUAGCGGGCUGGUUAAGUUAGCAUUAGCAUAGCUAGCUAACAUUCCCGACCAUGAGCUCACUAAACUACUCUCGUCCUGCAAAAGAAGAGGACGUCUGCUGGACGGAGAAAGAGGGUCUGUGGCUAAACGUUGUCGUGAAAGAGGAGGAAGAGGAUGUCACAAUACAAAAACAAGUAGAGGAUGAGGAUGUUACAGUGAAAGAAGAAGAGAAAGACGUUUCAGUGAAAGAAGAGGAAGACGCUUUCAGAGUGAAAGAAGAGGAUGUUACAGUAAAAGAAGAGGAGGAAGCCAUUUUUGGAAUGGAGGAGGGGGAGAUGACUGUCACAUUGGAAGAAGAAUAUGAAGAGGAGGACACUGGAUAUCUGGGCUCGGUUUCCCAAAGGCAUGUUAAGGCAUCCUAUGGUUCUAACGAUGAACGGACCCUGGUUAACACUAGAGAGAGACGGGACUAUCGUGGAACCUCUGGGGAGCCUCAACAACCUCAUGAUGCUGACGAGGCAGAGAAGAGUCUCUCCAGAUCAGAACACGUCAAGAAACACCAGCGGAGAUCCACAGGGAAGAGAACUCACUGCUGCUCUGACUGUGGGAAGAGAUUCACCUCCUCAUCAGGCAUUAAAAUUCAUCAGAAAAUCCACACCGGAGAGAAAUCUUACGGCUGUGAUCAAUGUGGGAAGAGUUUUGUAAAAUAUAGACAUCUGAAGAUACACCAGAGAACACACACAGGAGAGAAAUCAUAUAGCUGUGAUCAAUGUGGGAAGAGUUUUACUCAGCUAAGCAGCCUGAUAUCACACCAGAGAACACACACAGGCGAGAAACCUUAUAGCUGUACUCAAUGUGGGAAGAGUUUUACUCAGCUAGGCAUCCUGAUAUCACACCAGAGAACUGUCGUGACGUUGCAUUAGUUAAUGUGACACCUGUUGCUCAUCGAAUGAUUAAAUGUUUCUAAUUGUGUGAUUAAAUGAAUCAAGCAAUUAUUAACUAAUUAGCCUGGGGCACCAUGGGAAAAUAAGUUUUAUUGAGUUUCUAUUUCCCAAAUUAACUCAAAGAACAUCAUAAUAUCGAUUUUACAACAGUCGCUAAUUAAUUAAUUAAUUUCCUUUACAA